AUGUGCGGAAGAUAUGCGUUGGCGCUGCGGCCCUCUGAUGUCCGCCAAAUAAUAGAAGAUGCAGGCAUGCCGGUGGCCGAAGCACCGGAGGAUGACGGAAACGAUGCGCCAAGGCAGUCAUACAACUUUGCGCCUGGUUACUACGGAGCCGUGUACCGGGCCGAUACGCCUGAUCACGGUGCCGGCCCAGCUCCGAACGCAGCGGCCGGUGAAUCCCAGCAUAACGAGAAUGACCAAGAGACGACGAGCUACAAGUUGCAAUCCAUGAAAUGGGGCCUGAUUCCUUUCUGGACGAAACGUAACCCAGACUAUGCUUCCAUGCUCAAGACCAUCAAUUGCCGCUCUGAUUCUCUCAGCACCCCGGGUGGCAUGUGGGCAACCAUGAAGGCACGGAAGCGAUGCAUCGUCAUUGCACAAGGAUUCUAUGAGUGGCUCAAGACCGGACCCAGAGACAAGCUCCCUCACUAUGUCAAAAGAGCAGACGGCCAGCUGAUGUGUUUCGCCGGGCUGUGGGAUUGCGUGCAGUACGAAGACUCGGAUGAAAAACAAUACACCUUUACAAUCAUCACCACGGAUUCAAACAAGCAGCUGAAAUUUCUACACGACCGGAUGCCUGUUGUUCUGGAACCCGGGUCUGAUGCCAUGCGGCAGUGGCUGGACCCUAAGGCGCACGAGUGGUCAAAAGACCUGCAGUCAUUGUUGCAGCCUUUUGCUGGUGAAGUUGAAGUGUACCCCACCGCUGUACAGCAAGGGAAACAAGUCAAAUAUUGCCAACUUUUUCUCCAGCCCUAG